AUGGCGUCGUCGGAAGUUGAGAACAGCCUGGAUUUGGUCCCUCCUGGAGCUCCGAGCCGCGCUGUACCCAGCGAUGGCGAUGAUGGAGAGAGGCCCCUCUGCUCGGGGCAGUACUCGCCUAAGAAAGGAGGUCUCGCAGGAAGCAGUGACAGCGUCCAGAGCAGUUGCUGCCCGGCUUGGCUCAAGGCGAGAUGGAAGAGGGCGCUGUUUUGGCUUGCGAUGGCAGGAUACCUCACGGUGGCUUUGAUUCACAACGCCUCGAGAGCGCUUCCGCUGUCUCUGCUGGUCCUGGCGCUCUUCCUGAUUCAAGCGUGGGAUGCCAUCUCCACCUCCACGGGCGUGGACUUGGAGGGGCUUCUAGCACCCCUCCAGAGGCGGUGUGCUCGCUGUCCGUCAGGUCUUGGCCUGGCUAUGGUCAUCGCAGCCAUGCUGCUGACCUUGCUGUUUAUCUGCUGGAGCAAGGACGAAUGGAAUCGCCUCGUCCCCGCCACGGGGCUUGGGCUUUUGGUCCUACUCGGCUGGCUCGGCUCAGCUCACCGGGCUCAUGUUCGGUGGAGACCGGUGGUCGCCGGAAUUGCGCUGCAGUUCCUCUUAGGUCUUCUGAUCAUGAAGACAACAUUCGGCUACAGGGCCUUUCAGGAGCUCGGUGAUCUUGUGAUUGGAUUUCUAAGCUUUACGGACCAGGGCAGCGAGUUCGUGUUUGGCGAAUCCUACAAGGAUUUCUUCUUUGCCUUCAAGGUCCUUCCCGUGAUCAUCUUCUUCAGUUCUGUAGUGUCGGCAUGCUAUCAUCUGGGGAUCAUCCAAGAGAUCUUCAUCCGGGUCGGAUGGGUGAUGCAGAAGACGAUGGGUACCGGCUACUGCGAGUCUCUGAUCGCGUCUGCCAACAUCUUUCUGGGUCAGACAGAGGCCCCUCUCAUCGUGAAGCCUUUCCUGGUGCACAUGACCCGCUCUGAGAUUCAUUCUGCCAUGACCAGCGGUUUCGCCUCGAUUGCCGGCUCCGUCAUGGCAGCCUACAUCCUCUUCGGUGUGCCGGCGGACCACCUCCUCGCCGCCUCCGUGAUGUCGGCUCCGGCCGCCUUAGCCAUGGCGAAGCUGGUUUAUCCGGAGACUGAGAUUCCGAGGACCAACACUCUGAAGGUCCUCGCAGGCGACGGGGCCGGGAAUAUCCUGGAGGCCAUAACCAAUGGGGUCAUGACAGGGAUGGCCAUGGCUGCUUGCGUCGCAGCCAUGCUCAUUGCCGCAGUGUCAAUCAUGGCUUUUCUAAACUCAUCGUUGGAGUUUUCCGGUGAUCUUGUGGGCAUCAGUGGGCUCACUUUCGACAAGGUGCUGUCCUACCUUCUCUGGCCUUUGGCACUGCUCAUGGGAGUGCCUUCAGAGGAUUGCCAAAGUGUGGGACUGCUGAUCGGCCAGAAGACCAUCCUCAAUGAGUUCGUGGCCUACAGAAACCUCGAGGACCUGAAAGCCAAGGGGGCGAUCACCAAGCAAGCAGAAAUCAUCGCGACCUACGCCCUAUGCGGUUUCGCCAACUUUGGCUCUAUCGGUGUUCAGGUGGGCGGUUUCUCGACGCUGGAGCCUCUGCGGAAGGCGGACUUUGCUGCGCUGGGCUUCCGGGCCAUGGUGACUGGCACUCUUGCCUGCUUGAUGACAGGCUGCAUCGCCGGCAUGCUGGUUGAUGGAUAA